CUUCUUCCGGAUCAUUCAAGGAAGGAUGUUGAUGUGCCGAGUGGCUUUUGUGCUCUUCUCAGGAUCGAAACAGCAUCUGGAAGGCAAACAUGAUGCCGGAAGACCACACUGGACAACUGAGACUAACAAGCAAUAUUGAAAAGCAAAGCAGAUUGAGGCAGAAAUGAAAAUAUUCUCUAUUUCCAUCAGAAAAACCACAGAAUUCUCCUUCCAUAGCAGGUGAGAGACGAAAGAAAAUAAGAGAUUUCGAGUUGGAAAAAGUAGAUUAUGCAGAACUCAAGGGCACAAUACACUAAAAGGUCAAGAGACAUAAUAUUUCCAUUCAGAAAGAGGGAAAUAUCUGGAAGUCAGUGGGGAGGAAAAAGUCAAUUGGAUAGGCAUCUAGGGCAGACAGUAAUAUAGGUGUUGCCCUGGAAGAAAGAAAGGGCUUAAAUCAAAGCACCACUCAACAAGGGAUCACAUAUAUUUUUGUUCUUCUCAAGAAUAUCAGUUGUGGAAAAGCUCCGUAGGUGUGCCUAUUAUAGAAAAAACAGACUUCAAAUUGUAAGUGAUUACACAGGGGAGAAUCUACUCUGAAGAAAAGCACAUAGAAAUUAUCUGAAUGUGGCAAAAGCGUUUCUCCAAACAGAUCCAUUUUGGCUCAUGAAAGAAUCCACUCAGAAGAAAUGUCCUACAAGUGCUUCCAAUUUGGUAAAACCUUUAGCGAAAAUGGCAAUGAUGAUACAUCUGAAGACUCACAGCAGGGAGAAGCCGUAUGACUGUCCAGAUUGCGGGAAACAUUUCAUUGGAUAUUCCCUGCUCGUGAGACACCUGAGGACCCACACAGGGGAGAAACCCUUUGAAUGUACUGUUUGUGGGAAAAGUUUCAGUCAGGAUUAUAACCGGGUGAAACACCAGAGGACUCAUACAGAGGAGAAACCCUUUGAAUGUCCUGUUUGUGGGGAAAAUUUCAGUAAGAAUUCUGUCCUGGUGAAACACCAGAGGACUCACACAGGAGAGAAGCCCUUUGAAUGUCCUGUUUGCGGGAAAUGCUUCAGUCAGAAUUCUGUCCUGGUGAACCACCAGAGGACUCACACAGGAGAGAAACCCUUUGAAUGUCCUGUUUGCGGGAAAUGUUUCAGUCAGAAUUCUAACCUGGUGAACCAUCAGAAGACUCACACAGGAGAAAAACCCUUUGAAUGUCCUCUUUGUGGGAAAAGUUUCAGUCAGAAUUAUGACUUAGCGAAACACCAGAGGACUCACACUGGAGAGAAACCCUUUGAAUGUUCUGAUUGUGGGAAAAGUUUCAAUCGGAAUUUCACUCUGCUGAAUCAUCAGAAGACUCACACAGGAGAGAAACCCUUUGAAUGUUCUGAUUGUGGGAAAGUUUUCAGUCGAAAUUCCACUCUGCUGAAUCAUCAGAGGAUUCAUACAGGAGAGAAACCCUUUGAAUGUUCUGAUUGUGGGAAACGUUUUACUCAGAAUUACAACCGGAUGAACCAUCAGAGGACUCAUACAAGAGAUAAACUCUUUGAAUGUUCUGAUUGUGGGAAAAGUUUCAAUCAGAAUUCUGACCUCUUGAACCAUCAGCGGACUCACACAGGAGAGAAACCCUUUCAAUGUCCUGUUUGCGGGAAAUGUUUCAGUCGGAAUUCUGUCCUGGUGAACCACCAGAGGACUCACACAGGAGAGAAACCCUUUGAAUGUCCUGUUUGUGGGAAAAGUUUCAGUCAGAAUUGCACCCUGGUGAACCAUCAGUGGACUCACACAGGAGAUAAACCCUUUCAAUGUUCAGAUUGUGGGAAAAGUUUCAGUAGGAAUUCCCAUCUGCUGAAUCAUCAAAAGACUCACACAGGAGAGAAACCCUUUGAAUGUCCUGUUUGCGGGAAAAGUUUCCGUAACAAUUACAGCCUGAUGAGCCAUCAGAGAACUCACACAGGAGAGAAACCCUUUCACUGUCCUCAUUGUGGAAAAUGUUUCCGUUACAAAUCCAACUUGGUAAGACACCUGAGGACCCACACAGGGGAGAAACCCUUUGAAUGUACUGUUUGUGGGAAAAGUUUCAGUCAGGAUUAUAACCGGGUGAAACACCAGAGGACUCAUACAGAGGAGAAACCCUUUGAAUGUCCUGUUUGUGGGGAAGGUUUCAGUAAGAAUUCUGUACUGGUGAAACACCAGAGGACUCACACAGGAGCGAAACCCUUUGAAUGUCCUGUUUGCGGGAAAUGUUUCAGUCAGAAUUCUGUCCUGGUGAAACACCAGAGGACUCACACAGGAGAGAAACCCUUUGAAUGUCCUGUUUGCGGGAAAUGUUUCAGUCAGAAUUCUAACCGGGUGAACCAUCAGAAGACUCACACAGGAGAAAAACCCUUUGAAUGUCCUCUUUGUGGGAAAAGUUUCAGUCAGAAUUAUGACUUGGUGAAACACCAGAGGACUCACACUGGAGAGAAACCCUUUGAAUGUCCUGUUUGUAGGAAACGUUUCAGUCAGAAUUCUCACCUGGCAAAACACCAGAGGACUCACACAGGAGAAAAACCCUUUGAAUGUCCUCUUUGUGGGAAACGUUUCAGUCAGAAUUCUGACCUUGCGAAACACCAGAGGACUCACACAGGAGAGAAACCCUUUGAAUGUUCUGAUUGUGGGAAACGUUUUAGUCAGAAUUCCAACCGGAUGAACCAUCAGAGGACUCAUACAAGAGAUAAACUCUUUGAAUGUUCUGAUUGUGGGAAAAGUUUCAAUCAGAAUUCUGACCUCUUGAACCAUCAGCGGACUCACACAGGAGAGAAACCUUUUCAAUGUUCUGUUUGCGGGAAAAGUUUCAGUCGGAAUUCCAGUCUGCUGAAUCAUCAGAUGACUCACACAGGAGAGAAACCCUUUGAAUGUCCUGUUUGCGGGAAAAGUUUCAGUCAGAAUUGCAGCCUGAUGAACCAUCAGUGGACUCACACAGGAGAGAAACCCUUUGAAUGUUCAGAUUGUGGGAAAAGAUUCAGUCGGAAUUCCAAUCUGCUGAAUCAUCAGAAGACUCACACAGGAGAGAAACCCUUUGAAUGUCCCGUUUGUGGGAAAAGUUUCAGUAACAAUUACGGCCUGAUUAACCAUCAGAGAACUCACACAGGAGAGAAACCCUUUCACUGUCCUCAUUGUGGAAAAUGUUUCAGUUACAUUUCCAACUUGGUAAGACAUCAGAGAAUUCACAGAAUUUCCCCUUUGCAUGUGUAGUACGUGGGGAAAGUUUCAAUGAGAAUUCUGACCCUGUGAAACACCAGAGGUCUCACACAGGAGAGAAACCCUUUGAAUGUCCUGUUUGUGCCAAAAAUUUAUAUCAUAAUUUGAACCCGGUGAUAUACUGGAGAUCUCACAGAGGAGACAAAUCUGUCUGUGGAUGAUGCUGGCCUAAAUUGUUCCUUUUUGUCCACAUGGAGAUCCAACUGAGGGAAAAGUUGAUGAUUUUAGAGAAGGCUUGAAUUUCAUUUCUCAUCUCAUUAGGAAUGUUAGGUGAAAACCUAUUUCAGAAUUAGACUUGAAGUGGAUAGAAAAGGAAAUGGACAAGGGCUAACUACCAGUUUCUCAUUAUCAACAGCAAAUUUGGAUGAUGUUUUUUGUAUAUUGAGGCCUAAGCUCCACUACCCCACCUUUUGGGUACCCACCAGCAUUUUCCUAUUCCCACUGGGUCCCUGCAAUUGUUAGGCCUGACUCCCAACCCAUCAGGCAUAACAACAUCCUUCUUCUCCAUAC